AUCUGCGGAAUUCCUUGCGAUGAAACCGCUAUAAUCCGACCUGCUUUUUUUCUUUCUUUUUCUUUUCUUUUUGUUCCAGUCUUUCCUUACUUUACACCGAAGGCAGAGAAGAAGAAGACAGGCGCGAGAAACAAUCUCCAUCUGCAAGUUUCCGUGUGUCUGUCGCACUGGAGGGGAGGAAGCGAUGGCAAUCACGGUGAAGGCAGCGUUGGCUCUCCUGGUUCUCACUGUGGCAACUGCCUUGUGUGCGGAGGUGGAGGAGCGGCUGGUGAGUCACCUGUUGUCACCGGAGCGGUACAACAAGCUGAUCAGACCAGCCGUCAACAACAGCCAGCAGGUCACCAUUUACAUUCAGGUGUCUCUAGCCCAGCUGAUCAACGUGAAUGAGAGGGAGCAGAUCAUGACCACCAACUGUUGGCUCAGUCAGGUAUGGAAUGACUACAGAUUAAUGUGGGACCCUGAAGAGUAUGAGGGAAUCAAGAAAAUCCGCCUCCCGUCACAACACAUCUGGCUGCCAGACAUCGUCCUCUACAACAAUGCUGAUGGGACCUAUGAAGUCUCCUUCUAUUCCAAUGCUGUAGUCUCCAACAACGGUGAGGUUGCCUGGCUUCCACCAGCUAUCUACAAGUCGGCUUGCAAAAUCGAAGUCCGUGACUUCCCCUUUGACCAGCAGAACUGCACCCUCAAGUUUCGCUCCUGGACCUACGACCACACAGAGAUUGAUCUCAUCCUCCUCAGUGAUUUCGCCUCACGUGACGACUUCAAACCCAGUGGUGAGUGGGAUAUAGUUUCAUUGCCUGGACGCAAGAACGAAGACCCUAAUGACAUCAGGUACCUGGAUAUCACCUAUGACUUUAUCAUUAAGAGAAAACCUCUCUUCUACACUAUCAACCUGAUCAUCCCCUGCAUCCUGAUAACAUCCCUGGCCAUUCUGGUGUUCUACCUCCCUUCAGACUGUGGUGAGAAGAUGACUCUCUGUAUCUCUGUCCUUCUGGCCCUUACUGUGUUUUUACUCCUGAUCUCAAAGAUUGUACCACCUACGUCUUUAGCAGUGCCUCUGAUUGGGAAGUACCUAAUGUUUACGAUGGUGCUGGUCACCUUCUCCAUCGUCACCAGCGUCUGCGUGCUCAACGUACACCAUCGGUCCCCCAGUACGCAUACCAUGCCUCCUUGGGUUAAACGUGUCUUCCUCUACCGGCUGCCCUCUUACCUCUUCAUGCGAAGACCCGGUAGCUCAAACAUCCGUGAGAAGUUUCGGAAAAAACACCAGCACCGAUCGUACUCCGACCAGAAGCUGCGUGGAGCAGACGGAGGAACUGGAAGCCCUGCAGGAAUGGCAGAUUCCUCCUCAUCCUUCUUUGUCAACGAGGAGUCAGCUAAACGCUACGGCUGGAAGAUCAGUGACUUGUCAGAGAACACAGAGUUCAGAAAGAGGAUGACGCUCAAGAGCAACAUUGACGUGGAGGAUGCAGUGGACGGAGUGCGCUACAUUGCUGAGAAGAUGAAGAGUGAGGAUGAUGAUGAAGGGAUCAUUGAAGACUGGAAGUACGUGGCAAUGGUGAUUGACCGUCUCUUCCUGUGGAUCUUCGUGUGUGUGUGCGUGGUCGGGACGGUCGGCCUCUUCAUGCAGCCCCUGUUCCAGAGUUACAACACCCCCAUUAUUGAUGACAUGGACCAUAACUGAAACCUGAAACCUGAACUUUGAUCUCAACAAGAACCAGACAUGAACUUUGAGUCCCCCCAGAAGCAGAGUUCUGAUAACAUUAUAACACCUAAAAUCACACAUCCGCCUCACAUGGCACUCUCACUGGGAAAUGAUUAUGAUGCACUUUAGCCCCCUGCCAUCACCUGCUCCCUUCCAAAUUUCCAAUCCCUUGCCCUCUUCAUCCUCUAUCAUCAUUACUCAUCUGUCAAUUCACAGAGGAACUAGGAUCUAUAUAUUUGUGUGAACUUAAAAGAUAAUUCUGUUUUAUAACAACUUGGGACACAUGUUCAUAGUUUUGGCCAUCACUGAGUAGAUAGCAAUAAUAGACAUUAAUUACUAUCUAGUAAUGUGUCAACAUUUCUGGCUUCAAACCUCAUUUUUUUCAUGUUAUUUUGUUGCCUUUAUGCACAGUAGAAACAUAGAAACAGUAUAGAAAUAGAUAGGAAACAAGGGGAUAGAGAGAGUUCCUUGCUGGAAUUAAACAGGGGGUUUUGCAACUUAACAAGCAUAGGUAUAACAAGUUAUAAUAAACCAGAAUUAUCUUUUAAUUCAGUACAUGAAAUGAAACUGCUUUUCAGCCAUGAUGCUCUUCCUUGGGGAAACAAUAUAGAUCUGCAUUUCUUCAAGAAUUGAAAUGUAGAAGUAUUUUAAGAAGAAAACCUUUACCUGAAAGUGUGUUGACCCCUGUCACUGUUCACAAAGGUUUAUCUG